AUGCGAUCUAUUAGUGUCCGAACGGAGAAAGAAGUAACACUGGAAGAGGUCAACGUGGAUGCUAAGCCUUACGAGCCGGUUAACGAUGUUAAAACCAUCACUGUUGCGGUAGUUGUUCGAGCACAAUUUGCAAAUGAUAUGACUUUUGCUUGUCAUGAACAUGUGCUAGAUUGGGUCCGAAAUGAAGCUAGUAAAAUUGGAUUUGACAUUGUGAUAUUAAGGUUCGACAAUGGAAGUAGUAGAAGGAAAGCCUUUGUUGUGUUGAAUUGCGAGAGGGGUGGGAAGUAUGUAGGAACAAACCAAGUGCUAAAACACGAUGACACAGGAUCGAGAAAGUGUGCGUGUCCGCUUAAGUUGCGCGUAACUUGUAGGAUUGAUGGAUUGUGGCGUAUUAGCGUCAUAUGUGAAAUUCAUAAUCAUGCAUUGGAAACUAAUCUACACGGACAUCUAAGUGCAUGUCGGUUGUCUCACGAAGAGAAGGAUGUUAUUUCUGAAUUAUCGAUAAUCAAAGUUGCGCCAAGAAACAUACUUGCGGAUUUGAAGAGAAAAACACCGGAUAGUGUUUCACAUAUUAAGCAAGUAUACAAUGAACGAUACAAUCUUAAAGUCAUGAAAAUGGGACCGAGGUCGGAAAUGCAACACCUUUUGAAACUUUUGGGUGAUAACCAAUACGUUUCAAGCUUUAGAACUUAUGAGGACAAAGUUACGCUCAAACUCGCGGUUGGCACGAAAGAAAGAAAGGAUGAUAACGGAAACAUCGUCAAAGCCGGUGUUGUGGAGGACAAGAUAAUGGCCGCGUGGAGGGAGAUUUUAGAUGCACAUUCCGAAGAAUUGUAUACCGAGAAAGUUGUACAAUUCCGGACUGUGUCGGAUUGA